AUGUACUCCUCAACUAGUCAGGCGGAAGAGCUGGAUCCAGUCAAUCCGAUGGCCGGGUUCCGCAAACUCUGCACUAUUGGCCAGGGGGCAUUUGGCGUUUGUUCCAUCUACCACAAACCCCGAGAUGCCAGAGGACCGCCGAAAAAGUACAUUGUCAAACGUGUCAUGAUCCCCAUGUCGCAUGGCGACACUAGGCGAAAUGUGAUCAGUAAGCCGAUUUUUUUUGGAUUUGAUGAGCUUUUUUGCGAGAGAGAGAGCACGCAAAAUGGGGAGAGUCUUUGGCGUAACUUUUUUGCUUUCGCCCGAAAAAAUUUAAUUUUUGGAAGAAAAAUUGUAUGCCCCAAUACUAUUAAAUCCCGAAAUUUGUAAACCUAAAUUUGCAAAAAAAUCUCGUUUAUUUCCAUUUUCUAACAGUAAGGAAAAUUUCCCAAGUAUAAUAUAAAACAACGCUCAGAUUUCUUUAAAUUUUGCACACACUUUGGGGCCAGGCCACACAUCAAUUCCUGCAACUUUUAGCUCAUGCUUUGCAAGGCCAGCCGAGAUAUUCUACUAUCUUUGUCGGCGAGAGAGUGUGCGAAAGCGGGGAGCGGUCAGAGAAAAAACAUUUUUUUUUGUCAUAUCUCUGCCAGUUUCGCGCGGAAAAAUUGAUUUUUUGUGGAAAGAUUACUCUCUAGUGUAGAAUAAGAUGUGAAAAAUUUCAUGUCAAAAUUUGCAAAAAAGUGUCAAAUUUUUUCCAAAUUUCUGAGCUUAAAAUCUCGGUUGUUUCUGCAAAGCGCGAGCUAGGAAGCUGGCAUAUGUCUUCGAAGAACUUAUUCUAAAUUUAUGCCAAGUGUCAUCAAAAUUUGAGCGCGCAUUUAACAAAAUUUAACGCUUUCUGCAAAGUGCAAUCACAAACUUCAUGCGUUUCAAAUGACGUCCAUGUUUAUCCUUUUUUUUCUUGUUCCCCAAAUGGUCUCCAAAACUCUCGCAUCUUCACAAAAGUUACACUGUCCGUGACAUCCCAUACAUCAAACUGUUUCCACCAUAAUUCACUUUUCCGAUGGGGAUCAAUCAAGCCCAAAAUGGAGCACAUGUCUGCCCCAAACAGACCAAUUUGUCACCGCUCUCGGGAAUGAAUUUCUCGUUUCGCGCACAAUAAAUCAGCGGUCUGCGAAAACAAUGUCACUUGACUUUAACCAUAAAAGAGUUCAGACGCGACGUCAUGCAUAACUUUGUUGUUCGCAAACGAUCGAAAAACACACGCGAAAAGAGAAGAAAUCCCAGGAAUUGGGGGAAAAAAGAUUCGAGUUUCAUCGAAUCUUUUGCAGAUUGGAGUGAGAUUGAUGCUAGUCCGUUCGCAAGAUCGCUGGAGUGAUUUCGGCGACAUGCACUGUGCGAAAACAAAAGUUCGCUUUGCACUGUGCAAAUUUUGGCUUUUUGCACCGUGCAAUCGGCUUUUUUAGAUGUCGCCAAAAAUUAUUCCACCGACUUUACAAACGGCCUAUUAUUAGCAUUUUCAUAAAGUGCAUGGACACUUUUUCGCUUUCGCACAGUGCAUCUUCGCAAUUUUUGAGGUUUGCACUGUGCGAAGGCGAAAAAAUGUCCAUGCACUUUAUGAAAAUGCUAAUCUUGUAAAACCCGACACAAUUUUACAGAGUAGGUGCUCAAAGUGCGGCGCUUAGAGUUUGAUCAAGCUUGGCACAAAUUUAGUUUCAUUUUUUCCAAGACAUACUCAAGAUUCUAACUCGCGCUUUGCAGAAACGACCGAGCUUUUUAGAUCGAAAGUUGGCAAAGGGUGACACAUUUUUGUGAACUUUGACACGAAAAGUUCCAUGUCCAUUUCUACUGUAGAGAGCAAUGGUUCCAAAAAAACCAAUUUUUUCCAAGCGAAGCUCGCAAAGAUACGGUCAAAAAGUGUUUGAUUCUCUGACCUCUCUCCGCACUUCGAGUUCUCUCUCAGCUUCGUGGAAAAAAAUGAUUUUUUGUGGAAACAUUAUGCUCUAUCAAAUAGAUGUGAAAAAUUUCAUGUCAAAAUUCGCAAAAAAGUGUCACAUUUUUGCCAACUUUCGACCUAAAAAUCUCGGUCAUUUCUGCAAAGCGCGAGUUAGAAAUCUCGAAUAUGUCUUAUUAAAAAUUAAUCUAAAUUUGUGUCAAGUUUCACCAAAAUCUCAGCGUCGCACUUGGGGUAAUUUAGCUAGGCAUGCUCGGUUUUAUGACUUUACAAUUCCCCAGACAAAUCAUAAAAAAAUAAAACCUAUUUUUUUGACGAGCUAAAACUGUCAAAAAAUAGGGUUAAAGAAACCAACUAACCAUGAUUGUCCCAUAAAUCCACCCCAUUCCAGACGAAGCCAAGCUGCUCCGAUCCCUCAACCACCCAAACAUUGUCGAGUGCUAUGGCUACAAAGUCUGCGGAAAUGAGCUAAACAUAAUCAUGCACUACGCCGAGGGCGGAACUUUGGACAAACUUAUCCGAGACCAGCAAGGCGUCUACAUUCCCGAGAAGACCAUUAUGUACUACUUCGCUCAAGUCGCGCGCGCUAUCCGCUACAUCCACAGCAAGCGAAUUUUACACCGAGACUUGAAGACUCAAAACAUUUUGCUGAAUCGCCGAAGGACGAGAGUCAUGUUGGCGGAUUUUGGGAUCAGCAGAGAGCUGAAUACGUCAGCAGCGCAUUCGUUUGUGGGGACGCCGAGCUAUGUGUCGCCCGAACUUUGUAACGGUAUGUGGAAGGCUGUUUGUAUUUUUUUUAUCAAUUUUUGAAUACAGUGGCACCUCUGUACAACGAAAGGCAUCAAAAUUUUUUUUUGUUAUAUCAGUCUGUCGGGAAAAUAAUGAGUCCUACGCCGAUCGCGUCGCUGAAGCGAAAAGCAAAUUGAUUUUGCCGCGACACAAUUCAUUUUCUCGGCGGCGAUGCGAUUUUCGCUGCGACAGAGUGCUCAUUAUUUUCCCGACAGAGUGAUCGAAGGGUUAUGUUGUACGGAAAUUCAUUUUGGCCUACAAUUACGUUGCAAAAACCUCUAAAAUCGCUCGGUAUAGGGAGGGUUCGUUUUACAGGUGUUUGUUGUAGAGAGGCUCCAUUAUGUUGAAGCCUCACUACAACAAGCCCGUGUAAAACGAACCCUCCCUAUAACAACGAGUUUGGAAGUCCCACAAGGCAAUUGUAGGCCAAAAUGAACCUCAAUGCAACAAAACCCCUCUAUGACAAACAAUUUUUUUGGCCUAAUACAAAUCGUUCUACCCAGUUUUCCCUGUAUUUUCAUCGUCCACUAAAAAUUCCUUCAUUUCUAGGCAAUCCCUAUAACAACAAGUCGGAUAUGUGGGCGUUGGGCUGCAUUCUCUACGAAAUGGUCGAACUUACCGGCCCAUUCAGCGGAGAGAUCCCUAUUAUCUACAAACGAAUCGCAAACGAUGCCUAUCGACCUAUCGAGAACCCCAAUACCACUAUUCCCGUGAAAGAUCUCCUAAACCGAUUGUUGGACAAGAAUCCGGUGGAAAGGCCGAGCGCGGAGAGUAAGUCAAGGUCUAUGAUCAUGGACAAGGAUGUCUGUCAUAGGAAAAUCAAUGAAUUUUUCCACAAAAAUCACAAAGCUCGGGUUAAAAAAGUUUUUCUCUGACUGUCUCUCCUCAUUUUUCAAACUCACUCGUCUAUAAAGAUCGUUGAAAAUUUCAGACGCGCCUGCCAAGGGUAAGCUAAAAUUUUGGGUAAUUGACAUUCAGUGUAGGAAGAAAAUUCAUGCAAAAUUUGAAGGCAAUCUGAUCACCACGCUUCAAGCAAUCUAACUUUUACUUUUUGGCCACUUUUUUAAAAUAAUUUUGGAAAAUUUUGAUGUAAACCGCCUUGGAAAGCGUUCAAAAGUCCUAAUUCUUAUAUAACUAGCCUUAUCAAAGUCUAAAUUGUCUAAUUACCUCGAUUUCGACCUAAAUCAAACGCAACGUGCUCCAUUUUUUUAGAAGUCAUAACCUUCCCCUGGGUCCUCGAACACUGCGUGCUCGAGUCCACCGAACUAUGUCGCGCCGUGACCGCCACCGCCCUCGACAUCAAGCCCGCCGACUGCACACUCACGCCCAUUCCCACCGAUGAUCUCCAGAAUCUGGAAACCCUGCAAGAAACCGAAAAGAACCCGUCCUUCUACCUGAACAAGGACUUUGCCGACGAAACCCUGAAAUACGUUUCCAUUUCCACAAAAAGUUAUUAUUGA